AUGCCUAUUGAAGACCUAUGGAAAAUGGCGCGAUUCCAGGCCUUCGGAGAAGCGCAGAGGCGGCGCGUCCAAUCUUCUAGCGGGCUUCGCGCCUUGUUCGCCUCCGCGGUCACUGGAAAGGAGUUUACUCCCGAGGAGUGCACUCUCGUCGAUCCCAGAAUCAAGCUUCAAGCAGGCCGCAUUGAAAUCUAUGGUGUGCAGCUGAAGGAGCGCAUGGCUGCUGUGCGUAUGUUUGCUGCUGGCGCAACACGACAAUCGAAUGAUAUGGUCGACGAGCUCACAGCAAAUGUUAGAGAGACACGUGCUGAGUUUGCUGAGGCUCAAAAGGCAGUUUAUGGAGGCUUCAGGUGUGUUGAAGUUGCGAAACAAGCUGUCAAAAGCCUUGCGGGUGUGCCUCUCAAGGAGAAUGAUGAUCCAGCGGCAGAAGCGGAUGCUCUGCGACAGGAUAAUAUAAUCAAUGACAUCGACGCUGACAUCUGUGACUAUAAAGCGCAGACACAGAGAUAUGGGGAGCAUGAUAUGGUCAGAUGA